AUGGCGCCUACUACACGCAAUGGUACGGCCCAGCCCGGAGAGCCUUCCAAUAACCGGAACUCCCCUUCUCGCCACAACCCCCUUGUGGACGACGACGACAAUGCCCCUGAUUUUCAAUCAGCAGGCGGUUCCGGGAAUGAUGCAUCCCAAGCAGGCGAUAACCAUGAUCAAGGCCAAGAUUGUCCCGAAGCUGACCCCGGAAUGCAGCUCACUGGCCAGCUCAAGUCGACCGAGCAACGCCAGUAUACGCAGGCUAGCCAGCAAGUGCUGGCUUUGCAAAGAGAGCUUGACAAAAUUAAACAUGACCUCGCUGCCGCUCAGCGAGCUAUAACUGCCUUAAUUGAAAACGUCCCGGUCAAGGAGACCCUGGACAAUUCCUCCGGAAGGGAAGAAACCCCCCUUCGCCGUCAGAGAAAGCCUACCGCCUUCUCUAUGAGAGAGCAGGCAGCUCCUGCUCCACCAACAGCUGCUCAGCAAGAAGCAGCCGCCCUCAGAUAUCUCUCCUUUGUGGAAGAUAUGACAAGAUUGGGAAGAAAAAGAGCCCAGUUCAAAUUCCCAGCCCUCACUGGCAUGGCCAACUAUCGAGUCUGGGCACAAAACGUCAAGCUCCUGAUGAACCAAAACCUGCUUAAACAAAUCAUCGAAGGACAGGCAGGCAGCCUGCCAAUUGAUCAUCCCCAGUACUACUAUCUCCAAUUGCUAAAAAGAGAUGCCCAAUUGAUGAUUGCGAACGCCGUCAGUGCUCGCAUCAAUAAAAAUCUUAGCUUUUCCGAAGAUCCAGAGCCAGAGAGGAUCUGGAAGUCAUUGAAAGAUCAAUAUGAGACUGAAGAAGUCUUCAAACCGCGCAGGAAGGAGCAACAGCUAUCAAGAAAACGAUAUGCUCCAAAUAACACUGAAUUUCUCCAUGAAAAUCCGAGCUAUUCCCGGCUUGACCACUUGGCGACGAACCCUAGGGUUUGA